CACAUCACCACCAAAUCAAACGUAUUUGGACGAUGUUUCUGUGUAGAUUGCGCUCGUGCCGACUCUUCCACAAUACGUGGAAAGCGUGAGUUUCUCUACUCCGAUUCAACAUGUCAAAUUUUUCUUGAAUUUCUGACGAAUAUAUCUUAUAAAAGUAAAAAUCUACGUAUCGAUAAUCUUCAUUCAUUGAAGAACUAUCCGGGCAUAAUAGAAAUUCAGAAAUUAUAGAAAUUUUUUCGGUAUUUAACGGAGUUUAAGUCCUGAAGGAACGACACGAUGAGCGCACCCCAGGCGCAAGUGAAAUCAAGAAACGGAAUAGUAAAACAAGUUCUUUCCGGGGAUACCAUCAUUAUUCGUGGUCAACCCAUGGGUGGUCCUCCUCCAGAAGUUACUAUUACACUUUGUAACAUAACUGCUCCUAAAUUAGAACGGUGGAAAGGCAAUGAUAGUACGGACGAAAGCAAAGAUGAGCCGUAUGCUUGGGAAGCCAGAGAAUUUUUACGUAAAAAGCUCAUUGGUCAAGAUGUAGCUUUUGUAACGGAAAAAUCCGUUAAUACAAAUAGAACUUAUGGUACCGUGUGGCUAGGAAAAGACAGAAAUGGGGAAAAUAUAAUUGAAACAUUAGUAUCUGAGGGUUUGGUAAUUGUAAAAAAAGAUACUAGAAAUCCCAGUCCUGAACAGACACGAUUAAUUGAAUUAGAAAAUGCAGCUAAGACAGCUAAGAAAGGAAAGUGGUCCGAAUCACCACUGUCUGAACACGUACGUGAUGUAAAAUGGACUGUGGAUGAUCCUAGAAAAUUGGUUGAGAAAUUUGGAAAGAAGCCAGUAAAAGCCAUUAUUGAAUAUGUUUUUGAUGGAUCUACAGUAAAAGCACUUUUAUUACCUGACUUCUACAAUAUAGUAUUGAUGAUAUCUGGUGUUCGAUGUCCGGGAUGGCCAAAUGGAAGGCGUGAGAAUUCUGUAGGUGAUCCUUAUGCAGAUGAAGCAAGAUAUUUUGUAGAAUCUCGCCUUCUGCACAGAGAUGUUGAAAUAGUGCUUGAAUCUGUUAACAAUAAUAAUUUCAUUGGCAGCAUUCUGCAUCCAAAGGGAAAUAUUGCAGAAAUUUUAUUGAGUGAAGGUUUUGCUAAAUGCCAAGAUUGGUCAAUUAAUAAUAGUAGAGCUGGUGCAGAAAAGCUGUAUCUUGCGGAAAAGGCAGCAAAAGAAGCACGUUUACGUUUAUGGAAAGAUUAUAAACCAUCUGGUCCACAAAUAGAGUUUACCGGAACCGUUGUUGAAAUUGUUAACGCAGAUGCGCUUAUAAUAAGAACUCAAAAUGGAGAAAACAAGAAAGUCUUUUUGAGCAGUAUUCGACCACCGUCCAGAGAAAAGAAAGCUAAUGACGAAAUUAAUAAUGCUAAUAGAAAAGAUUUUAAACCUCUUUAUGACAUCCCCUGGAUGUUAGAGGCUCGUGAAUUUUUGCGUGAAAAAUUCAUCAGGAAAAAUGUAAAGGUUGUUGUUGACUAUACUCAACCUGCUAGAGACAAUUUUCCAGAGAAAUUAUGUUGCACUGUUACUUGUGGAAAAACGAACAUUGCGGAAGCAUUGGUUGCACGAGGUUUAGCAAGAGUGAUUAAAUAUAGACAGAAUGAUGACCAACGAUCGUCUCAUUACAAUUUAUUGCAAGUUGCGGAAAGUAAAGCAGAAAAAUCACAACAUGGUUUGCAUGCAAAAAAAGAUAUUCCUGUACACAGACUAGUAGAUCUUUCUAACGAUCCUCCAAAAGCGAAGGCAUUUUUAACGUCGCUUAAACGAGCACAGGGCAUUAAAGCUGUUGUUGAAUUUGUCACGAGUGGUUCACGUUUGAAACUGUUUUUACCUAAGGAAGAUCAGCUCAUCACGUUUGUAUUGGCUGGUAUAAGAACUCCUCGAUGUCAAAGAUCAUUACCUAGUGGUGGUAUCGUUAAAGCUGAUGAAUAUGGCGAGAAAGCGUUAGCUUUCACUAGAGAACAUUGCUUCCAAAGAGACGUGGAAAUUAAAAUUGAAAGUACGGAAACAAAAGGAAGCGGAUUCAUUGGAUGGCUAACAGUGAAUGAUAUCAACAUGUCUGUUGCUCUUGUUGAGGAAGGACUUGCAGAAGUAGUUACUUUCCCUGAUUUUGGGGAAUUAACGAGAACGCUUAAAGCUGCGGAAGAACGUGCCAAAACGAAGAAACUAAAUAUGUGGAAGAAUUAUGUAGAAGUACAGGUCGAAAAUGAAAAAAAUGAAAACGAGAAAGAAAUAGCGGAAAGGAAAAUUGACUAUCAAGAAGUAGUCAUUGCCGAGGUCACAGACGAUCUUCACUUUUAUGCGCAAAGUGUCGAUCAGCGUAGUAUGUUGGAAAAUUUACUUUUACAAUUACGUCAGGAGUUGGCCUCUAAUCCUCCACUUCCGGGUGCUUACAAACCUGCUAGAGGUGAUUUAUCAGUUGCCAAAUUUACCGGCGAUGAUCAGUGGUAUCGCGUUAAGGUAGAAAAAGUUUCCGGUACAAAUGUCAGUGUUUUUUAUAUCGACUAUGGUAAUAGAGAAACGAUCAAUGUCACGAGAGUUGCUGAUUUACCAUCAAGAUUUGCUACUGAUAAACCUUACGCUCAUGAGCAUGUUCUCGCUUGCGUUACACUUCCAAGUGAUAAUGAUGAUAAAAAGUUAGCAGUUGAGUCUUUCAAGGAAGAUGUAAUGGAUAAAAUUUUAUUAUUGAACACGGAAUAUAAACUGAGCAGUAGCGUUACUGCGGUAACUUUGGUUGAUUCGUCUACCAAUGAUGAUAUUGCUAAGGGUCUUAUUUCUGACGGAUUACUGCUUGUUCAGAAUCAACGUGAUAGGAGGCUUACGAAAUUGAUCGAAGAAUACAGAAAAGCGGAAGAAGAUGCGAAACACAGUCGACGUAAUAUUUGGAGAUAUGGUGAUAUUCGCACGGAUGAUGAAAAGGAAUUUGGAUUAUAAAGGAUGAAAUGCUCAAGGACUGGUUAAAAAAAAGUGAUUGAUACAGGGAAAAAGACAUCAUGUUAUGCAUAACAAUUGCAGCUGCAUAAUAAUUAUGUAAGAACCUAUUACAUAGAUUAACGAAAAAUAAUAAAUGUCCAUAUGAGAAUUAUAUAUGUUGCAUUGAUUAUGAUGCAAUUAUACUUCAUUAUAUAGAAAUAUGAAUUGUAUAUAUCAAUUUCAUUGAUUCUUGUAAUUUUUGAACGAAACAGUGGCAUAAUAUGUUGCAUAAUAUAUUGUCAUCAAUCAUGUAUUUGUAUUACAAUGUACAAUUUUGUUAACGAUGGAAAGUACCGUAUAUACCUAUUUCAAAUUUUACGUGAUGUAUACGUGCAAUUUAUUUUUAUUCGUUUACUUUUUGCAUUUUUAUUGAAAACCAUCAAUUUUUUUUACACAUUUAUGUCGUAUUAAAUUUCAUCUGAGAGUUAUAUAAACUCCAUAAUUGUACAUUUUGUCGAGCAUACUUAUUGUAAGUAUGCGAGAACUUAUAUUAAGAAAAGAUACUAUAUUUUGGUUAAAGGUAGCAUCAGUAAAUCAUUGCAUAAACAAUCUGAAUGCUAAACAAAAUUAUACAAAAUGUAUAUACAAAAACUUUUAUGAUAUAUAUAUUUUUUUCAAUGUU